AUGGAAGGAGGAUGUCUGAAGUUUACACUAACCUUUUUGUUCUUGACAACUCUUCUUUGCGCUGGAGUCCUUUCGUUUCCAUCGCCGGAGGAUCCAGGUUCCUGCAUUUUAAACUUCACUUCCUACCCUUAUCGACCAAUAGGAGGAUGCCGUAAUGUCCAAGAAAAUCUCAAGGACUGGAACGGCUUGCCGAAAACGAGCUGCUGUCAAAAUGCUCUCAUCGUAUUCUCCCACGCUUUAGCCCUCCAUGCAACCGCCAAUUCUGCUGGGAACAUCUUCAUCAGCCAAGAUCAAUGGAAUAGCUGCAGCGGACCGUUCAGGCGCCAGCCCAACGUGUCAAUUCAGACCUGUGGGUUUGACAGUUUCUACUAUGGUAGCAGCCCGUGUUCGACACUUACUCUGUCGAGCAUCAAUGACGAGGAUUUUGAUGAGCAGUGCUCCAAGUUCAGUACUUCUCCGUUUGAUGCUGCAUGCGGAAGCUGCACAUCUGCAUUAUCGGCGAAAAUGAAUCAGAUUUCAACUUUGUUGGAAGUCGAUGCAAGUAAUCGGACAGAGAAGGCAGCGUGUCUACUUGGCCUUAUUGUGCUAUUUAUAGCUCGAAAAAGGAAUGAUACCUCUGAGAGCGAUGACUUCAUUAGGUGCCUAUCUGCUCUGGCUGUUCCAGAAUCAAAGAAUUACAUAAGACUCCCAAGCGGAGCGGCUGAAGCUCUCCUAGCAGUGAUUUUGGUGAUGAUUGCAUUAGCAGCUGUUAUCACACUGAUAAAAUAUGUGACAAAGAACCAAAAGAAGAAGAAGAAGUCUGCACUAAGCAAAAGCAUAGAAGACACAUGCUCUGGGCUCUACAGGUUCUCCAAAGUUGAGAUCGAGAAUGCAAUUAAUUACGGGAAUGAAAAGAAGUAUUUAGGAAGAGGCAGUGCCGGGCAGGUUUACAAGGGCAUGCUUCCGAGUGGACAGCUGGUGGCAAUCAAACAGCUAUACAAGAAUAACACAUCAGAUUCAUUUACUAGAGAAAUUGAUGGGCUUUCAAGAGUCAGACAUCCUAACCUCGUAUGCCUCUUUGGUUGCUGCAUUGAUGAUGGCGAACAGUAUUUAGUCUACGAAUAUUGCUCGAAAGGGAAUCUAGCCCAGCAUCUUCUAAGGAAAGACACCAGCCUAACAUGGGAGAUGAGAGUAAAAAUCCUGAGGGAUUGUGCAUCCGGACUCAAAUAUCUCCACAGUCACAUUGACGGAUGCAUUGUGCACAGAGACAUUAAGCUAACAAACAUUCUAUUAACACAUAGCAUGGAGCCUAAGCUAUCAGACUUUGGACUCGCAAAGAUGUUAGGCAUGGAAGAGAGCAAAGUGUUCACAGAUGUUCGGGGAACAAUAGGUUAUAUGGAUCCUGAAUAUAUGAGCAAUGCAAAACUGACCUGUGCUAGUGAUAUAUACAGUUUCGGCAUUGUCACUUUGCAACUUUUAUCAGGGCAGAGAGUGAUAGAACUAGAUCUAGACGCCCGGGAUCAACUCACAAGAAAGGCAAAGGAUGUCAACAUGGGUAAAAGACCACUAACCGAUUUUCAAGACCCCAAGAUGAAAGGAAAUGUUGUCAGCGUGGAUUUUGAGUCCAUAUUGCAGAUUGCAGUGUUGUGUGUAGCUAGUUCGAGCACAGGCCGCCCCACAAUAGAUUUGGUUUAUGAAGAGCUGGAGAAGGCUUGGAAAAACACAAGGCUGGAGAUGAAAGCAAGGCAGGAAAAGAACAUGUUAGAAGCAACACCAUCAAAAUCACAAGAGAUCAUUCAAGCAUGA